AUGCCUGAGGAACAAGGCCUCAAAAAUCAAAUAGCAAACACUAGUAAUCGUGAUGAUCUUAAUGAUCGAAGAUUGCCGUUCGCUGAUGCUGCGAGUAUAAUUCAAUCACAUCAGAAGGAUGACCAGAUCGUUAAUCUGUUGAUAGAAAAGUUAAAUAAUUUUUUGAAAUUGGUAAAAGGUCAGCUUUUCAUUAAUUUAUAUCCAAGAGAGAUUACUCUAUUUGCCAAAAUGCUCUACCUCUUUCUGACUACUAUAAAAAAAACGAGAACACUGGGAGAAGAAUAUGCUGAUAUUUUCAUAGUCAAUAGGCCUGGUACUGGCCUAGCUAAAAGAUAUCAGAGAUUACUAUUUAUUCUCUCAUAUUGUCUGUCACCUUACCUUUUUACUAAAUUGAUUAACCGAUGGAACUCAAAAAAUGAUGAAACUGACGAAAAUGGGAUUUUAUCCUCAUUUGAGGACCUAUUCAAUGUUGUACUAGAUAUUCACUUAAUGCUCUUUUAUUUCAAAGGUGCAUACUAUGAUAUAUUUAGAAGAAUUUUUGGAUUGAGAUAUGCGUUUGGUCAUAAAAUCACUGCAACUGAAAAAAUCUUCAGAGAUAAAAAUUCAAGCACAUAUAAGGUAUUGGGUUACAUUUUAUUAUUGCAAAAUUCCUCCAAAUUGAUCAACGUACUGAAAGAUAAAUUGGAUUUCAGAAAGCUCUCCAUCGAUACCUCUCGUGGGGAAAAAGAUAUGAAGGCGAUCUUCGGAGUGCCAAAACAAGUCAAAACCAAUAAAAUAGACCUUAACGACGAUACAUUGUUUACUUUCAUACAAGGAGCUUCAAGAACUUGUAUUCUGUGUCUAUCAAAAAUUGUUGAUCCAAGCUGUGCUCCGUGCGGGCAUCUAUAUUGUUGGGACUGUAUUUUGAACUGGUGUAAUGAGAAGCCCGAAUGUCCCCUUUGUAGACAGAAAUGCCAUCCUCAACAAAUCUUGCCAAUCAAAUGA